AAGUCUAGUAGAACAAUUAAAAAUGCCACCCCAGACAAAGGAUGAAAAUGUUUGCGAGCGAGAGGUUCCGAUUCCGGGCUGGGUGAAACCAGAAGCCUUUGAGGACCUGCUCAAGGAUAAUGUCAAGGAUUAUAAGAAGACCAAGGCCUUAAGGGCCAAAGCAGGAGUAGCUCCUGGCGAGAACUAUGCCACUAUAAUGCUGAGACUGGAACUGGAUGUGGAAACGAAGGACAAAUCGGAAGUAACGAAAGCAUUCAUGCUAAAAACUCCACACGACACUGACGCAUAUCGCAAGCUUCUUCAAGAAACGAACAUUUUCGAUGUGGAGCGCGGAAUGUAUGUGGUAGUGGUUCCCGAGCUGGAGCAAAUGUACCGGGAUGUGGGCUUGGAGGUAAAGUUUGGGGCUGAGGCCUACGAAAUAAAGGUGAGCGAGCACUAUGUUCUACUGGAGGAUCUCAGGCCUCGAGGAUUCAAAAACGUAGAUCGCCUGCAGGGCUUGGACCAGGCUCACACCGAAAGUGUCCUGAGAAAGUUCGCCCAAUGGCAUGCGGCUUCUGCAGUUCGCGUGGACCGCAAGGGCCCCUACGAAAACAAGUAUACCAAUGGUUUUUUCAAAUCGGAAGAAAUCAUGAACUUUUUCUGCGAUCGCAGCGCUAAAAUUUUGCUAAAUAAUAUCGAUCAGUACGAAGGACACGCAGCUUACAUAAAGGAUUUGCAAAGUGUUUCAGAAAAGUUAUUCGAUAUAUUUAAUGAUAUUAAGGAACCGAAAGCCGACGAGUUCAAUGCCCUCAACCAUGGCGAUGGUUGGUCUAACAACAUUAUGUUCCAGUACAACGACAAAAACGAGAUAUCGAAUACAUAUUUUGUUGAUCUUCAAUUGCCCAAGUGGGGAUCAGUUGCGCAGGAUUUGUACUAUUUCUUGAUUUCAUCGACCAGCCUGGACAUUAAAACGGAGAAAUUCGACUAUUUCGUUUGGUUCUACCACUCGGAGUUGGUGAAACACCUCAAACUUCUAAACUAUUCAAAGAAACCGCCAACUUUAAGAAGCAUUCGCAAUGAUCUUAACAAGUACAGUGGAUGGGCCUUCAUUUGCUCUAUAUCCGUAAUGGGAGUCGUUCUGCUGGACCCCACAGAUGAAGCUGAUUUCGAUAAAUUCAUAUCGAAGGAUCAUUCCAACUUUACGAAUUCCAUCUACACCAAUCCCAGAUACCGCAAGCAUAUGGAAGUUGUCUUACCUUGGCUGCAGCAUCGAGGGGCCCUGGAGUAAAAUAUCAAAUGGUCUCUUAAAAUCUCUUAAAAACUUAGAAAUAAAUUAUACGAUACAAUACAUUGAUGUUGAAUUUCGGAUUAUAAUAAAUAAGGUGAUGUUGGAAUAAUCUUUCCAAAUACUUGA